AUGACCUCACCAGGCUCCAAGCGGCCUAUGUCUAGCACAGAACGCGCAAUUUCACCUCCAACUAAGAAGAAGCCGAAGGUAGCGGCCUCUGUCACUAGCCAAACGGUCGUUAACUUCUUUAAACCUACUUCUCAGAAACCUAUACCCAGUCAGUCUAAAAGGAAGAUAUCAUGGCACAUAGCGAACAACAGCUGCAUUGUCGGCCAAUAUCUUGUUGGCCAAAAGGAUGAAGCACAAAAAGAGGAGCAGAAGGAUGGAAAUAAGACGCGUAUUGCUGCUUUUGACUUUGACCACACACUUAUAAUGCCCAAAUCCAACAGCAAAUUCUCCCGCUCUGCCUCUGACUGGAAAUGGUGGGAUCCCAGUGUCCCAUCUAAACUGAAACAACUCGCUGCAGACGGUUACACGCUUGUUAUCGUCUCAAACCAAAAGGCAGUCAACUUAAAGCCCGAUGCGAAGGCGAAAACGGGCAAUUCAGACUCAAAGAGCUUGUCCGUACUGAAGGAGAAGGUUACUAUGGUACUGGAUACACUGGACUUGGAUAUCCCAGUUAGCAUAUAUGCUGCCACGCAGUAUGACGAAUACAGGAAGCCUAGGAUGGGGAUGUGGAGGGAGAUGGUAAAGGAUUUGGGACUGGAUAUUCCUGAUGACGUGGAGGGGAAAAAAUCGUCAAGGCUAGGACGGACGCUGGAUUUGGGAAACUCCAUCUUCGUUGGCGAUGCUGCGGGUAGAAAGGGUGACCAUUCUUGCUGUGAUAGACAUUUCGCUGCGAACGUUGGUAUACCGUUCAAGACCCCAGAGGAGUUCUUUCGGGAUGAACCACCCGUCCCCGUGGGAGUCGACGUGUUCGAUCCAAAGAAACAUAUGGAUAUGGAUACACCAUCGACGGACGUGGUGGACAAGAUCUCUCCUCCCUUCACAAAACAGAGUGAUACAGAACUGGUACUCUUAUGUGGCAGUCCGGGGUCAGGGAAGUCGACGUUUUAUUGGAAGUACUUACAGCCCCUCGGGUAUGAGAGGGUGAAUCAAGACAUCCUCAAGACGAGACAGAAAUGUCUAAAAGUUGCAAACGAGAAUCUGCUGGCCGGCAAGUCUGUGGCAGUCGACAACACCAACGCCAACAAAACCACCCGCGCCGAGUGGAUAUCUCUUGCAAAAACGCUCAACCUGCCAAUCAGAUGUAUCUACCUUACCACUCCAAUACCAGUCUGCAAACACAAUAAUGCCGUACGAGCAGCGAAUCCAAACCAGGAGUCGCUGAACCCGGAAUCUCGCACCAUACUCCCACCAGUCGCAUUCAGCGACUAUGUGCGCCGUUUUGAAGAGCCGGAUGUAUCUGAGGGGUUUAAAGACAUGAUUAAUGUUGGGUUUCAGUUUGAUGGAGAUAAGGAGGCAAGAGAAUUAUGGGGACAGCAUUGGGUAUGA